CCGGUCUCGUGUCGCUUUGAUAACUGCCUCUCGUCGAUCUAACGUACGCCUUUGCGUGUCGACGCGGCCUUUCUCGCUGUCCUGCGUGCGCCGCCACACGGCCCACGGCGAGACGGGCCCCCUCCGUAGCUUGGCGUGUACAACAACGCUGCCGUUGCUGUUGAAACUGCCACCCUUCCUCGCAUGUUGCGAUAGCAUUGGUACAUCAUCCUCGCAUAGUACGUAGGAGUACUACAUAGCGACCAGAUUACAUACGGCCAGUCUCGAUUUAUCCAUCGCGCGUGCCACUGCGGGUCGGUUUGCUGUGUGCUUCGUGGACGAGGAGAGGGAACGAGAGAUCGAGCGAUCGAUGGCGGCUGGCACGGCGUGCCGGCGGUACAUCGGGCCACUCCUGUGCGUCAACCUCGUCAUGCACGCCGCCGUCCUGGGCCUCGCCGGGUGGUCUCUCAACAAGUUCAUCGACGGCGAGACGCACCACCAUCUUGGAGGGAACACGUCGUCGGGGUACCUGCUAGUCUUCUCGCUGAUGGCCGGGGUGGUCGGCGUGUGCUCGGUGCUCCCCAGGCUGCUCCAUGUCAGGGCGUGGCGCGGCGAGACCCUGGCUGCGGCGGCGUCCACCGGACUCGUCUCCUGGGCGCUCACCGCCCUCUCCUUCGGCCUCGCGUGCAAGCACAUCACUCUAGGGAACCGAGGAAGGCGGCUGAGGACGUUGGAGGCGUUCAUCGCGAUCUUGACGCUGACGCAGCUGCUGUAUCUGAUUCUGCUCCACACCGGCUCUCUGGGUAGCAGCAUGACGCUUGGCCUGAGCCGCAGGAACUGCGACGACGACGAGGAGCUGCGCUGCGACGAGAUUCCUCGUGAAGAACUCUACACGAACAAGAAGCCAGCCAUAGUCGCGGGUGCAUGACCAUCGUCCAUGACAAUCUGUUUCUUUUUUCUUUUUCUUUUUUUUUUGGGGGGGGGUUCACUGUGUUUGUAGUUCAGUUACUGGCUUACUGGUUGUCAGAAUAGGAUCUCUUUCAUCUUCUAGGGCCCCUUUAAUUCAUAGGAUUGACAAAGAAUUUUUAUAGUAUUUAAAUUUCUAUGGAUUUUUUACUACAUGUCCCUUUGAUUCAUAGGAAAGAAAUGAAACUUUCCAUACAAUUGUAUUCUUAUGCUUCACAUUUCAUAGGAAAAAUAGCAAGAGGUGUGACCUCUUUGUAAACUUUCCUUUGUUUUUCCCAUAGCACUAUCAAAGGACUCCUAUUGUCUUUCA